CCGGCGGAAGUGCGGGGCGGAAGCGGCUACACCGGCGGCGGAGGCCCAGAUGCCUGAUUCUUUCGUACUCUUAAGUACCCAGAGGCAGUGUGGAGAAUUAAGAUGCUCUGGUUUCAAGGAAAUAGCACGCAGCUUGCCAAAUACUCCUUUCGACUCCUCUUGAGAAAUCUCUCUGCCUCUAAGACUGCUCUGCCUGUGCUGACCUUAUUCACAAAGGAUCCAUGCCCUCUUUGUGAUGAAGCCAAGGAAGUACUGGAGCCUUAUAAAAACAGGUUUAUUUUACAGGAGGUGGACAUCACACUUCCAGAAAACUCUGCUUGGUAUGAAAGGGAAGCAUUUCACAUUCACUGGACAGAGCCAUUUGUACGAAGAAGGCUCUGUGUCCCUGCUGCUGCCCUAAGGGCUUAACUUUUUAAUGAAAGAAUGAAUGUUCUUCCACUUGGUAGAUAAAGUGAAAUGUGAAUUGUAAAUAGCAGCACACAGUCAAUAAAGGGAUGUUUUAACAAAUAUAUCUGCAUGAAGUCUAUUUCAGAGGAAUUUAAUAAUACCUGUUUAAAAUUAGAGCUCUCUUUUUUUUUUGGGGGGGGGGCGGUAGAAGAGAAUAAUUAUCCUAACUGAAGAAGCUUUAUUUGAGAAAAACAAAAGACUUAAACCCCCAAAUGUAUCUAAGAAUCUCAGUAUGUUUCACAUGUAGUCACUGAAUUGAUUUGUAAUAUCUGAGUACUAUCUUUGAUAGUUCUUCAGUUAUCAUCAGUAGAAUUAAUUCAGCUUAUUUUAAGACAGUAGUUUUAUAAGGUUUUAAUAUCUUGGGGAAAUUCAUGUCUUACCAUAACUGAACAGAUGUGUCAUCUAAAGACAAAAUAUUCUUCACCAUUUUAUGUAAAGUAUUAAAAACAUAGUUGUGUACUCUUAUUUAUAUCUAGUCAGGUUUAGCCAAUAGAGAAAUGGAUUCAUUUAAAAACAAAACUGCCUUUUUCUCCUAAUAUCACAUCACUGCAAUUUUAUCCAUAAUGAAAUGCUUUUGUUAACUAUUUCAAUGAAUUUGGAUAUUAUGAGUCACUUGCCUAGAUUUUAAUUUUAUCAGUAUGAAUUAGUCUUAGAAAUUAUAGGAUUUUAGAUCUGCCAAACUUAGACAUUGUCUAGUCCCACCUCCCUCAUUUUAUACAUGCAGAGGAAUGUGACAUUCAGAAACUUAGCCUAAGGUCACACAGUCAGUCAGCUGUCAGACCAGGUCUUGCUACCCACCGCAAAUUUAUAAUACUACCUGGGCUCACUGUGGGGGCCUUAUAUUAUUUCACAUAAAGCACAUAAAGCAUCUUUAACCAACACAAAUAAAGAAGGAACUUUAAAAGCCUUCCACAGUGACAAUAGAAAAAAAAUCUUACAAUUGAAUAGUUGUGUUUCUAAUUUAUAAAUUUCUGGAACACAUCUUAUUUGAUUUUAUAAAUAUUCAUUGAGUCCUGUGGUAGACAAAAUUCUAGGAUGAUCCCCAUGAACCUUCACCCUUGAAUUCUCCCCACUUUGAGGACAGAAUGAAAUAUCCCUGCUGUGAUUAUGUUACAUUACCUGGCAAAAGGAUAAUUAUCCAGGGUGGGCCUGAUCUAAAUAGGUGAACCCUUUAAAAGCAGAGAGUUCUCUCUGGCUGCCUAUGGAGGAGGAAAUCAAAGAGAUGCUCCAGCUAGCCUGGAAGGAAGCAAACAUCAAUGUUGUAAACUGCCCAGUGGGGCCACAAGGCAAGAAAGUGUGGGCAACCUCUAGGAGCUGACAGUAGUUCUUGGCCAGCAGCUAACAGGAAAAUGGGGUCAUCAGUCCUACAGCUUCAAGGAGAUAAACAAUUGGUGUCAACAACUGGUGAGCCUAGAAGAUCCUGAGCCCCAGAUGAGAACCACAGGCCUGGUUAACACCCUGAGUUCUGCUCAGUGAGACUGAUCAGAGAAUCCAGCCACACCAUGCCCAGACCUCUAAUUGCAAACGCUGUGAAAUAAUAAAUGUGUGUUGCUUCAAA